CCUCCAUUUCCCGGCGUGCGGCGCGGGCGCGGGGCAGGAAGUCCCGUGCGCCUGAGUCAGGGGCGGCCGGGCGGCUGCUGCCGGGGUCGGCGGCGAUGGCGCUAGAGACCCUGUCCCCGGACUGGGAGUUCGACCGCCUCGACGACGGCUCGCAGAAAAUUCAUGCUGAAGUGCAGUUGAAGAAUUAUGGAAAAUUCCUUGAGGAAUAUACAUCUCAGCUAAAGAGAAUUGAAGAUGCUUUGGAUGACUCUGUUGGAGAUGUUUGGGACUUCAGUCUGGAUCCCAUUGCUUUAAAGCUUUUGCCAUAUGAACAGUCCUCCCUACUGGAGCUCAUAAAGACAGAAAACAAGGUUCUAAACAAAGUUAUAACAGUGUAUGCUGCUCUUUGCUGUGAAAUCAAGAAGUUAAAAUAUGAGGCGGAAACUAAAUUUUAUAAUGGCCUCUUGUUUUAUGGAGAAGGAGCCACAGAUUCCAGCAUGGUGGAGGGAGAUUGCCAAAUACAGAUGGGAAGAUUUGUUUCUUUCUUGCAGGAGCUGUCUUGCUUUGUUACCCGAUGUUAUGAAGUGGUGGUGAAUGUAGUGCAUCAGCUGGCUGUUCUGUAUACCAGCAACAAGAGUGCACCUAAAAUUAUAGAGACAUCUGGAGUUCAUUUUCAGGCAAUGUAUGAGCAUCUAGGAGAGUUGCUCACAAUCUUGAUCACUCUGGAUGAAAUAAUUGACAAUCAUGCCACGCUGAAAGAUCACUGGACUAUGUACAAGAGGCUGCUAAAAUCUGUCCAUCACAACCCUUCCAAGUUUGGGAUUCAAGAAGAUAAACUAAAGCCAUUUGAAAAACUGCUGUUAAAACUGGAAUGCCAGUUACUUGAUGGAAUGAUAUUUCAGGCCUGUAUAGAGCAACAAUUUGAUUCUUUAAAUGGUGGAGUGUCUGUGUCAAAGAACAGCACAUUUGCUGAAGAAUUUGCUCAUACUCUUCGUACAUCUUUCUCAAAUGUCGAAGCCAAACUUGGUGAACCUUCAGAAAUUGACCAGAGAGAUAAAUAUGUGGGCAUCUGUGGCCUCUUUGUACUGCAUUUUCAGAUUUUUCGGUCUGUAGACAAGAAAUUUUAUAAGUCAUUGUUGGAUGUCUGUAAGAAGGUACCAGCCAUUACAUUAACAGCUAACAUUAUCUGGUUUGCUGACAAUUUUCUGAUUCAGAAGAUUCCAGCUGCUGCCAAACUACUGGACAAGAAAAGUAUUCAUACAGUUAAAACACAAAGGGAGAACUUUCUACAGCAAAGGGCACAGUCACUUACCAAAGAUAUGCAGUCAUAUUAUGUUUUUGUGAGUUCGUGGAUGACAAAAAUGGAAUCUAUCUUGUCCAAGGAGCAGCGCACAACAAAGUUUUCUGAAGAUCUUUCUAACCGCUGCAAUGUCUUCAUCCAGGGUUUUCUUUAUGCAUACAGUCUUAGCACCAUCAUUAAAAUGACAAUGAAUCUUUACUUGUCAAUGCAAAAACCUAUGACCAAAACCUCAGUAAAAGCCUUGUGCAGACUUGUGGAGCUUCUGAAGGCAAUAGAGCAUAUGUUUUACCGAAGAAGCAUGGUUGUGGCAGACUCUGUGACACACAUCACUCAGCAUCUGCAGUAUCAGGCUCUUCACUCUAUCUCUGUGGCCAAGAAAAGGGUGAUUUCUGAUAAAAAGUACAGUGAGCAGCGCCUGGAUGUCCUCUCUGCUUUGGUGUUGGCUGAGAACACCCUCAAUGGGCCAAGCACGAAACAGAGGCGACUGAUUGUUUCCCUUGCACUGAGUGUGGGAACACAGAUGAAAACAUUUAAAGAUGAAGAACUUAUUCCCCUUCAGUUAGUUUUGAAAAAACUGGACUUGAUCAGUGAACUUACGGAGAGAGUUCGAGCACAAUGUGACUGUUGUUUCUUAUACUGGCAUCGAGCUGUCUUUCCAAUCUAUUUAGAUGAUGUCUAUGAAAAUGCAGUGGAUUCUGCUAGACUACAUUAUAUGUUUAGUGCACUACGGGACUGUGUACCUCCUAUGAUGCAUGCAAGACACUUGGAAUCUUAUGAGGUGCUUCUGGAAUGCUAUGACAAAGAAAUUAUGGAAGUGCUCAAUGAGCACUUGCUGGACAAAUUGUGUAAAGAGAUAGAAAAGGACCUGCGCUUAUCAGUUCACACUCACCUGAAGCUGGAUGACAGAAACCCCUUCAGAGUUGGCAUGAAGGACCUGGCUCACUUCUUCUUUCUGAACCCAAUACGAUUUUUCAACCGGUUCAUUGACAUAAAAGCUUAUGUAACUCAUUAUUUGGACAAGACCUUCUACAACUUAACAACCGUAGCCCUUCACGACUGGGCCACCUACAGCGAGAUGAGAAACGUGGCAACCCAGCGCUAUGGUUUAAGCAUGACUGAGGCUCACCUUCCCAGCCAGACUCUGGAGCAGGGUCUGGAUGUUUUGGAAAUCAUGAGAAAUAUUCAUGUUUUUGUAUCCCGCUACCUCUACAAUCUGAAUAAUCAGAUCUUCAUUGAAAGAACAAGUAAUAACAAACACUUGAACACCAUCAAUAUCCGACACAUCGCUAACUCAAUUCGAACUCACGGAACAGGAAUCAUGAACACAACAGUAAAUUUCACUUACCAGUUCUUGAGGAAAAAGUUUUACAUUUUUAGCCAGUUCAUGUAUGAUGAACAUAUCAAAUCCAGACUUAUCAAAGACAUCAGAUUCUUCAGGGAAGUCAAGGAUCAAAAUGAUCAUAAGUAUCCCUUUGAAAGAGCAGAUAAAUUCAACCGUGGCAUCAGAAAACUUGGAAUAACUCCAGAUGGCCAGAGCUAUCUUGACCAGUUCAGACAACUCAUAAGUCAAAUUGGCAACGCUAUGGGUUAUGUACGAAUGAUAAGAUCUGGUGGACUUCACUGCUGCAGUAGUGCCAUUAGGUUUGUUCCUGAUCUGGAAGAUAUUGUUAACUUUGAAGAGCUGGUGAAAGAAGAAGGACUCUCAGAAGAAACACAAAAAGCAGCAAGGCAGCUGGACUCUGUGCUCAGUGACCUGACCCGGAACUUUGCAGAGGGAACAGAGUACUUCAAAAUGCUGGUGGAUGUGUUCGCCCCCGAGUUCCGCAGCACCAAGAACAUGCACCUGCGGAACUUCUACGUCAUCGUUCCCCCCCUGACCCUCAAUUUUGUAGAGCAUUCGAUCAGUUGCAAGGAGAAGUUGAAUAAGAAGAACAAAAGUGGAGCAGCUUUCACUGAUGAUGGGUUUGCCAUGGGUGUGGCUUACAUUCUGAAGCUUUUGGAUCAGUACCAGGAGUUUGAUUCUCUGCACUGGUUCCAGUCUGUUAGAGAGAAGUAUGUGAAGGAAAUAAGAGCAGUAGCUAAGCAACAGAACGUGCAGUCCACUAAUCAAGAUGAAAAACUACUACAGACUAUGAACCUUACCCAGAAGCGGCUGGAAGUUUGUUUACAGGAAUUUGAACUUCUAUAUUUCUCACUAAGUAGUGCAAGAAUUUUUUUCAGAGCAGAUAAAACUGCAGCAGAAGAAAGUCAGGAAAAGAAAGAAAAAGAAGAAGAAUCUGGUAAAGCAAGCAAUGGAGAUCUUUCCAACUCUACACCUGCAGAGCAUGUUGUGAAAUGACAUGGCUGUCACUUCAACAUUCAGACAGCAAGGAUGAAUGUUUUGUCGCAACUGGAAAGACCAGACUGAUACGAACGUUCCAUUUGUUGGUUCUGAGAACAUGACACACAAGCUUCAUGGACUGUUAAAAUCAGCUGGGCUCAUUAAAGUUUUUAUUUUUAGUUCAUGAUAACUGCCCUAAAGAAUGCUGCAUUACUUGAUUUAUAUUUUUGCUUUUUUACUUUGAUACGGGGUUUUUUUUUUAAAUGAGUGUACAGUUUUUUUGACCAAACUGUGCCCGCACUGAAUGCUCAGUAGCAUUGCUGAGAUCAGCAUUCUUGCUGCUGCUUUCCAUCCUGCUGCAGUUGCUGUGCACAUCCUUCCGCAUUCCCAUCUCUGCUGAAGUCACCUAAGUUUGUGGAGUGGAAUGGCCAAGUGCUGCAUUUCCUUCUUCCACAGCAAUGGCAGAAUCACCUGCAGAUGGUGUUCCUUUCCCCAGGAUGGCCUUGCUGGGGAGCUGUGUGGAGUCAAGACACAACCCACACUCUAGUCUGUACUUGUAUUUUCCCUUCUCCAUUUUUUCUUUUGAAAGACAUUGUCUUGCUAAGGUAAGACUUCGCAGUUGAACAUAACAUGAACUGAGCACUGCCUUCAUGUACAGUGGUUAGCAAAUUCAUGUGGUUCUGGUGAUGGAAAUUCUAGAGGAAAGACGUAGCCUAUUUUUAUAGAUGCCUGUUUAAUCUGGGAGAACUGAAUGUAUACUCUGUGUGGCAAAAAUAUAUACAUACACAAACAUGUACAGUGAUAAUAGAGCUAUUCUUGCUAAUACAGGACUGUAGUUUGUAUUUCCUUCUUUCUCUUUGUCAUGUAGCAGCAUAGACAUGCAGAAAGAUUUUUCUCAUCUGAAAUCUAAGGUGGGUUCUGGGUUUGGAUGUCACGUGACUGAGUUGCAUUAAGUCCUUUUUUUCUCCCAACAAGGAUAUGGCAGGGGGGCAAAAUUCAUGCUGUGGUGCUACUACUCUUUCUGUUGCUUUUGGCCUCCUGUUAAAAUUACAGGAACCAAAUGGACCCUAACUGGUUGUCUGGAGAGGAGACAAUGGAGCUAAAACAAAAAAUCCCCUAAACUAGCCCAAACAUACUCACUCAGAAAUUCCCAGGAGUGACAGAAGUGAGGAUGAUGAAUUUUCUGCAGGGACAUAAAACAUGUCUAGGGGCUUUUUCCUUUGGGGAGGGGUUGGAACAGGCUGAAGGCCAGGCUCUCACCCCCAGCAGGCAGCUGUCACCACUGCCUUCAGGUGUUCAGCCUUGUGCCAAGGCUGCUGGAAGUGCAGCAGCUGCUCUCUGAGGGGUUGCGGACACCCAGCUCCCUGUCAGCCCUGCCACCAAGGGUUUGCAUGGCCCCAGCAGCUGCAAACUCCUGGUGCUGAAGGGCACCUUCUGCAGGUCCUAAUGCAGCCUGGAACGGGGAAAACAUUUGAGUUGCAUCAGACGUCCAUCAACAGCUGUUUUCAGCUUCUCAGGUACAAAGGACCAAAUGUAAUACUUAAUGUUUCCUAACUCAUUGUACAAAAGGGUAUUUUGUU